CUCUAUCGCUCCCACGAUAAUUCGUUUAUCUACCGGACCUCGAAUUUUCUACCUCAUCUCUACUCACGAUAUACAAUACACCUCAGGUCUAUUCGCCACUUCUAGCUUUCAUUCUGAUCAACCCUCUCUAUUCGUAGAGAUUUUUAUAGCUCAAUUGCUUCUUAGCUGUUGCUAACCGCGUGGCCUAUAAUUUCACACUCGUGAUCCGGCAGGAUGUCACACUCAACUAUCCCCAACCCAAACGAUAAACCCUCCGAUUCUAAGCCCGGAAUAGUGUACUUUGAAAUGAGCGAAUUCGAUAUCCUUGGCCAUUACUCUCGUCUCCUUGAGGAAGACCCUUCUAAGAGUAUGCCUAUCGCGGCAAUCGAGUCUCUCUGUGCUCUCUGUGAUGGUAUUGAAGCCAAUACCAUUCACGAGCUCCUAUCAACUAUCCAACUGGGCUCAGACACUCUCAAGGAGUCAGUGCCGAAUGCAAUCUCCUUAACAGCUGGAUGUGAUCUAUUUACAAAGUUUAUUACACGCCAUUCCCAUGAUGACCCUCGCGAUUUUGACACGUUCAAGAGGAAACUCCAGUCGAACGGGCACUUGUUUGCCCAGCGUGCUCGCAAGGCUCGAUCCAUAGUUGCUGAGAAUGGACUCAAGAUGGUCAUGAAUAACCCAGUCAUAUUUGUCCAUGGAUACAGUCGGUGUAUCAUGGCUAUUCUCCUCAACGCCAAGGAGAAGGGCAGGAAGUUUAAAGUUAUCUGUACCGAGACACGCCCUAGCUGCCAGGGCCUGCGAACUGCGAAGGAGCUUAGGGCGGCUGGGGUCUCGGUCGCUGUGAUUGACGAUAAUGCAGUCACAUACGCCAUGAACAAAGCCACUUUCGUCCUUGUCGGUGCCGAGGGAACGCUCGCCGAUGCGAGUAUUAUCAAUGUGAUGGGGACUCAAAACGUUGCGCUCGCAGCAAGGAAUAUUGGCCGUCCAUUCUAUGUCGCUACGGAGACUCACAAAUUUGUCGACAUGUUCCCAGUGGACCAGUAUAUGAUCCCGGUUAAGCAAAACGUGAUUGUUUUCAACCCCGAGGGAGUUGAAGGCGCCAUGUCCCAGGAUGAGUUGACUUUUGUCGACUACGUUGAUCCGAAAUACAUCACCAGUUUCGUCACCGAGACAGGUUUGAUGUCUCCCACUAUGGUUGGGGAUAAGAUCAUCGCUACUAGGUUGGAAGGAUAG